ACAGAGUCAUCUUUCUUGUACAUGACUUCUUCCAUCUUCAACCCCCAACCAGCUCCUGCCCGUAUUCAAAAAUCCUCUUCCUCUGUUUUUUUUUUUUUAUUUUUUAUUUUCUCGCUGUCGACUUCUCUUUAAUUAAUCAAGAAAACCAUGCUGGGUUCUCAAGGUGUGGUUUUAGCUACGGCCAUGGUAGUCUCUAGCACUGUUCUUUUUCUUGCUUUCUCCAAGGAUAAAACGUUAUUCUCCCCUCAAGUCUCCAAGAAUCUCGAUUCUCAUCAAUCCACUACUCAAGCUCUACGUUCUUGCCUAUCUUCAGAGGAAAAGAAAAGGGAAAAGAAAAAGAAGAAGAGAGUGAAAUUUGCAGAGAAUGUUAAGGAUACAAAAGGGAAUGGAGAAGAGUACAGGAGAGAGAAAGAGAGUUCUUUCUUCUCCAGGCGAGAAGAAGAGAGAAAGAAUUCAUGUCCAAAUCUUGACAGGAUUUGCAGAAAUGAAAUCCCAGCAAAUAGAAUUGCUCUUUACAAUGGAAUUUUAAGGGAUCGUGUCCACAGAACACAAUGCUCAUACUGAUUUUUAGUCUCUGUACAAUUUCUGGAUCCAAAAAUUCUUGAGUUUGUUCUUUUAAAUGUAAUUGAGAGAUGUAAAUUUGUAAAUAUCAAAGCUUUGUCCAGAUUUUUGUCUUUUAAAUGGGAAAAUGGGUCAAGCUGUCAUACUUUUCCAUUGUUGAA